CAGGUUGCUCAGGUUGCUGUUGCCUGUCCCAGAGUCAAAGUGUUGAGUAACCUAGCAAAACAUAUGUAGAAGAGAAGUGACAGUUUAUUGUGAUUGUGAAUUGCAAUUGUGAUUUUCAUUUUCUAACGUCUUGUUAACUGAUUGCAACGCAUCUUAUAUUCCGUCUUGUUGUGUAAAUUUUAUUUUAUGGACAUUUUAAGCUCUAAAACAAAUUUUACACGUAUUUAUAAAUAGUAAAAGAGGAUUUUAAGGUUAUUUAUUCAAAUGUAAAAUUUUAAGUAGACUAGACAUUUCUUGAAAUUGUGUGUUGUUUAUCAUUCCUUCAUCCAUGUCUUUUCGAAGCAAAGUAUUGAGUUUGGUUGAUGUGAUAUUGAGAGUUCCUCCACUUUUUAUUAUCGAUGAAUUAUUACGUAUUGGUCUUGGAUUAUCUCAGUCAGAUGAAUCAAGUACAAAAGAGGCAAUUAUUGGAGGUGUUGAAACUGGGGAACCGUUUCCACUGGACAAUGGAUCUGUGUCAGCUGAGACCUAUGAUAGUGAUAUUCUCGGCUCUAAAUUUUUGUUUAUAACAUUUGUAAAAGUGAUUUUUUCAUUUUUGGGUUGUGUUGCUGCAGCAUUCGUGUUCAUGCUAUGGACAAAACACUUAGUGAUCGUGUACAUGUAUGUGAUCUCAGUGGGUAUAGUCUUCAUUUCAUACUGGGUGAAUGUGAGCACAAUGAAGGUCAUCAUAUCCACAACUCAGGGUAGUGUGUUAGAAGACAUUCUUUCACUCAACAUGGGUGCACUCUCAGACCAGAAUGGAAGUUUCAUGGCACUUCUGCAGAACUAUUUUGUACAAAUCGCCUUAGCAUAUAUAUUUUCGUAUGUGCACCUCGGUCCUAGAUAUUCAAUUUUGAAAAGGUUACUGCCAUUAAGUUUUUUAGCCCCAUCGGCCUUGGGGAUGUUGCCACUGCCUCCAACAGUUCUGUACCACGCUCCAGUGUUCUCAGCAUUAUUGCCUUUAGCCAUGGUCAAGUUUGUCCUAUGGUGUAGUGCCUAUCCCAUAUUUCAAACACUUUAUGGAGGUUACCAACACGCAAGAAAUUUUAUAAGUAACUUUGGGCUGUCAGCUCUGGUGGAAACGGAGUGGUUGAGGCUGAACGUGCCAUGUGUGCUGCGCACAUUCUGGUUGCUACGGGUAGCAGAACAGGCCGGUGCCACUCUAUAUGCGUCUUGGCGCAUAUCCCACCCCAUGGCUGACACUCCCUGGCCCUUCAUCCUCACCACCGUCAAGUCUCUCCUUAUCUCCGGCUGUGAGACACUUACUGCAGUCCUCGGCAUGACUUCAGUCAUCUCUUAUGUUUGUCAUUAUAUUGGCUGCUUCUUCCAGUGGGUGUUGCUGACUGAAGACGAUGAUGACAAGAGUAUUGGCACAGUUUCGGCCAUCUUGUUCUACAUCCUCGCACUUCAGACAGGUCUCACAGGACUUGAGCCAGAGAAGCGGUUUGUUCGGCUGUGUCGGAACUUCUGUCUGCUUUUCACAGCUUUGCUUCACUUCAUUCACAACAUUGUCAACCCUCUGCUGAUGUCCCUUAGUGCCUCCCAUAACCCUUGUGUUCACAGACAUAUGCGGGCACUGCUAGUCUGUUUGUUUCUGAUUCUGUAUCCUGUCUCCCUGCUGUUCUACUUGUGGUCCAAUCAUGCUCUUAGUACUUGGUUACUGGCUGUCUCAGCCUUCAGUGUGGAGGUCAUUGUCAAGGUCAUAGUCUCACUUCUCAUCUACUCACUAUUCCUGCUUGACGCUUACCGCUCAACUUUCUGGGAGAGACUGGAUGACUAUGUGUACUACAUCAGGGCAUUUGGCAACACUGUGGAGUUUUGUUUCGGCAUAUUUUUGUUCUUCAAUGGUGCCUGGAUCUUGAUAUUUGAAUCUGGAGGGGCUAUACGCGCUGGCAUGAUGUGUAUCCAUGCUUACUUCAACAUCUGGAGUGAGGCCAGGGCUGGCUGGAGUGUCUUUAUGAAACGCCGCACAGCUGUCAACAAAAUUGAAAGUCUACCAGAGGCAAGUGCAGCACAGUUGGACAGACUGGACGACGUGUGUGCCAUCUGUUACCAGGAGAUGAAGACGGCCAAGAUCACUCGAUGUAAUCACUACUUCCACGGUGUAUGUCUUAGGAAGUGGCUCUAUGUUCAGGACCGUUGUCCUCUGUGCCAUGAUGUCCUGUACAAGGUGGAGAUGGAUGCGAAGGAGGAGAUGGGGAGAGGAACUGGAGCCGAGCGGCUUCUGAUACCUCCUCUACCAGCUGAUGACAUUCCCAGAUGAACAAGGACUACAUAAAGCGGGACAGCCACUUGCUACUGAUGUUCCUCACAGGGUUGGCAGAACAGGAGUUGAUAGACUUAAAACAAUUCUGUCUUAGUAAAUUAUAAUUAGAUCGAAUUGUAUAUUUUGUUGUACAUAAUAUUUAAGGUACUUAAUGGAAAUUUAAUUGAUGUACAUAUAAGUUAAAUUGGGUAAUGAUAGUAAAUUUAAUAAGAAAUACAACUCAAUAUGAUAACUUGGUUUAUAAAAUUAUGGAGUAUAUAAAAUUGUGGAGUAUUUAGUCACAAAGAUUGAAAGGACAAAUUGUUCAAAUUUUAAACAGAGAAAAAAUGUAAAGGAAUUCAGAAUAUUUUAGUGUAUGAAUGUGUAUAUUUAAGUGUUUUUAUUUUUGAGAUUUGUUUUUGUGAUAUUAAAGUUAUAUACAAA